GCUCCUUUACACCAAGAUAGGGGAAAAGACUGAAUAAAAGGAAACCGUGCCAGUGAGCUUGUAAUGAGCACAAAAUCCCACGGAGGAGCCCGCAUCCGCCGCCAUUGGAUACUUCUUCCCUUUUUCCCUGAAUCCCAAACGUUUCUCGCGGUGGAUUAUUGUGUUUGGACCCGGGCGGACGGAAUGGAUAAGGCCAUGGCCCUAACAUAUUGAGUAGCUCGUUGGUGGUGGUGGCGGAGGGGGAGACAGUUUCUGGGUUAUUGUGCACGGAGGAAAAUGGUGGAUUAUUUGCGGUGUGCCAUGAAAACCUCCCCACAUCUGGAUAUCCUGGCUUAAGACCCUGAUCGGUGGCGUUUCUGCGCCUGUCUCGGCCGCGUCUACAGUAACCGAGGUCGUGUUGUAGCAGUUGGUAGGUAGGUACCCCCACCCCCUCCCGGCCCCCCAGCUCGAGCCGAACGACCUUUUUUUUUUUUUUUUAAUCCUUAUUUUUUUAUAUACAUGCCGGAUUUUUGUAUUGUGGUGACUCGCUCACUCCCCCCUCCCUGAGAGCCUCAUUUGGAGACAACAAAACAAACAAACAAACAAACAAACAAAACUGCUGGAUUACUCAACUAUGGAUUUCACCAGCGGCGGCGUUGAAGGCAGCGAGCCGCACAACAAUCAGUUUUAUCAGUGCGAGGAGAACAAGCCUCUGCUGGGGGAGAUGUCGGAGGGGAAUAAUAACAGCAAACUGGGCGCGGGGCCGUGCAAGAGAUCCCUGCAUCACUGCAGCAGCAGCGGGAUGCGAUACAAGCUGCUCCACGAGGGGGACAUCCAGGUGUGCGUGGUCAAACACCCCCGCACCUUCCUCAGCAAGAUCCUCACCUCCAAGUUCCUGCGGAGAUGGGAGCCGCACCACCUCACGCUGGCAGACAGCAGCCUGACCUCGGCCACACCCACUGGUUACAUGGAGACAUCACUGCCCUACAGCUCCAUCGAGGACCUGCAGCUCCUCUCAUGGGAUAAUGCCCCAAAGUACUGUGUCCAGCUCAGCUUCCCUGGUGGCACUGUUCUUCUGCAGGCUGCAAACAGCUACUUAAGGGACCAGUGGUUUCAUUCCCUGCAAUGGAAGAAAAAGAUCUACAAGUAUCGCAAGGUGCUAAACAACCCGAGUCGCUGGGACGUGGCGCUGAAGGAGAUCAGAGCGCUGGUGGACAUGGCUCUAACCUCACCACUGCAGGAUGAAUCCAUCCACCAAGCUCCACUGCACAUCAUCUCCACCCUGCUGGCUGAGAACUCAAAUCUCAGUCCUCAGGAUCAUGAGAACAUCAUUGUGGCCAUUGCUCCUCUGCUGGAAAACAACCAUCCUCCACCUGAUCUGUGUGAGUUCUUCUGUAAGCACUGUCGGGAGCGACCGCGAUCGAGUGUCGUGAUUGAGGUGUUCACUCCUGUGGUCCAAAGAAUUCUCAAACACAACAUGGAUUUUGGGAAGUGCCCUCGUCUUCGUCUCUUCACUCAGGAGUACAUUCUGGCUCUUAAUGAGCUGAACGGUGGAAUGGAGGUUGUCAAGAAGUUUAUUCACAGCAUGCACGGGCCAACAGGCCAGUGCCCUCACCCACGCGUGCUGCCAAACCUGGUGGCAGUGUGUCUGGCUGCCAUUUAUUCCUGUUAUGAGGAGUUCAUCAACAGUCGGGACAACUCCCCCAGCCUGAAGGAAAUCAGAAAUGGCUGUCAACCAAAUGACCGCAAACCCCCAAUGCCGCUACGCCUGCUGCGGCCUGAGCCUCGCCACCCCACUCCUCCACCUGCCACCAUCCUACCACUCUCUCACCCUACCCCUCCCACCCCUCCGCACCUCCCAGCCCUCUCCCCAUCACCUCUCCCCCCCCCCCUCCCCGUUACCCCCUCCAUCCCCAUCUCCUCCCCAACGCCCUCCCUGCCACUUUCCCCCCCUCCUUCCGUUGUCAACUCCAGCGAGAUCCUGGUGGAGUUAGAGCGGAACAACAACUCAGCGAACACCAAGCGGAAGGGCGGGCCAACGGGGGGCGACAGCGAACCCAACCUCAUUGACUGCCUGCUGGUCAGCCCGGCCGUCAACACUCUGUCCAUCCAGCUGCCGGCACAGGCUGACCGAGUGCUGGGCUGCUUCGCGCUCAUCCUGAAGAUGCUGUCAGACUAUGAUGACUGGAGACCUGCUCUGGCCAGCCUACUGCAGCCCAUCCCCUUCCCUAAAGAGGCUCUUGCACAUGCCAAAUUCACAAAGGAGCUGAAAUAUGUCAUUCAGAGGUUUGCAGAGGACCCUCGGCAGGAGGUCCACUCCUGCCUGCUCAGUGUGCGUUCAGGGAAAGACGGCUGGUUCCAGCUCUACAGUCCAGGAGGCGUGGCCUGUGAUGAUGAUGGGGAGCUCUUUGCCAGUAUGGUUCAUAUCUUGAUGGGCUCCUGCUAUAAGACCAAGAAGUUCCUCCUCUCUCUGGCUGAAAACAAGCUGGGCCCCUGCAUGCUGCUGGCCCUGCGUGGAAACCAGACCAUGGUGGAGAUCCUCUGUCUCAUGCUGGAGUACAAUAUCAUUGAGAAUAAAGACACGCAGCUGCAGAUCAUCUCCACCCUGGAGAGCACCCAGGUGGGGCUCCGCAUGUACGAGCAGCUCUGCGACCGACAGCGAGAGCUCAAAGAGCUGCAAAGAAAAGGAGGCCCUACCCGGCUGACCCUGCCCUCCAAGUCCACGGAUGCAGACCUGGCCCGCCUGCUGAGUUCAGGUUCGUUUGGGAACUUGGAGAACCUGAGUCUGGCUUUCACCAAUGUCACCAGUGCCUGUGCUGAGCAGCUCAUCAAGCUGCCUUCACUCAAACAGCUCAACCUCUGGUCCACACAGUUCGGGGAUGCAGGACUGAGGUUGUUAUCAGAGCAUCUGGCCUGCCUUCAGGUUCUGAACCUGUGUGAGACUCCCGUCACUGAUGCUGGUCUCCUGGCACUCAGCUCCAUGAAGAGUCUGUGCAGCCUGAAUAUGAACAGCACCAAGCUCACAGCUGACACAUACGAGGACCUCAAGGCCAAACUGCCCAACCUGAAGGACGUUGAUGUUCGCUACACUGAAGCCUGGUGAUCGACCCCGAUCCACGACACACACACCGCACACACACACACACACACACACCACACACCAAUGUCAUCUCCAUCAACACUGUCAUUACACCAGGAACUGAAACGCCCCGGCGUGAGGAUCACCUCCUCUGACCAGACAUUUGUGUAUGAGGAGGAGCCUUCAUCACCUUCAUCACCAACCCUGCGUAGCAAUGCCAUCACCGGGAAGGAACUUUGUGAAAGCCGUGACUCGUCUCAUCUCGAGGACCUUGGUGUGUUUUUAAGGAACAGCAUCAGAGCACAUGAGGAGCGGCUGUACUGAAAUACUGGGACCUGCUCUCUCUGACUUUACCCUUGGGCCUGUCUUUCUUACGUAGUCUCAGCUUUUAGACUCGCUCAUACCCCCCCCCCCCCCCCCCCCCCCCCCCCC